AUGCUCACUGUUCCAGAAAACGAAUACGAACCUCCGCUCCCAAAUAUUUUUUCUAUGCACUGGUUUCUGACGCUAUUCUCCACAUGCUUGCCGAGAGAUUGUGUACUUCGAGUAUGGGAUGCCUUGAUGUUGCAAGGAUCAGAAAUUCUACUCCGCACCGCUAUCGCGUUAUGGUCGAGAAUGAGCAGGAGAAUCCUGCGCACAUCCAGUGCUGAUGAAUUUUACACACUCAUGGGUAAACUUUGCAAAGAGUUGGCAGAAAUGAAUCAGGAAGAACAGGACCAUAUCAUGACGGUGAUUUACACAAUGGCGGAGUUCCCUUAUCCAGGCUUGGCGGAGCUCCGAGAAAAGCACAGAUGGAACAUCCAGCCUCUUAGUAAUUCAUUUAAAUCUGGUCGAAGAAGCGCCGACGACAUUCUACAUAAAGCGUUCAUCUCAACGUUCAACACCAAAGAAUAUGAGGAACUCAUCGCAUCAGAAGAGUCAACAUUUCAAGGCAACAUCCGCCGUAAAAUAGACAACUGGAACAACCUUCGCUUUCUCGAAAAGCAGUUCCGGCUGGCCAAGCAGAGGCAAAAGCAGGCUGCGGUGAUCAUAAAUAAUGCUUAUUUGCAUAGUUCGAAGGCACGAAUGGACGGAAUUAAAUCGUUGCCUGAAAGACCUGUAUCUGUGCCAAUGUCACAGUCAGUGUUCAAUCAUCUUGUCAUUGGUCCAGUCUUGGCUAGAGGCGAUUGUUGGAACGAUCACCUCACAACGCUCACAGGCGGUGCCCUACAGUUAGCAGCUACGGUCAUUCAGCCACUGGAUCACAGCGCCCACGUAUCACGCUCCAGCGCAGGGCAGCCGAAUUUGCCUUUUAACAGAUACGUCGUGAAAAAAGAAGGUUCAUACACAGCAUCAAGUGACAAGUAA